AUCGCUGCAGUUGGCUCGCAGCGCGUGCGUCACGCACAUUGCAACGCGCACUGCUACCGAAACCCGCUAAUGUGACCCAAGCUUUAUCUCCCCUGCGAAUUUCGAAUCGCACCUAAAUUUAUAACCCUAAACCAACGCACGCUUUUUUAAUCGCCGUGGACAGUGUUCGAUUUUCCAAAAAUUUCCCCAUUCAAAAAUGUACGGAAUAAUCUCAUAUCGUAACGGCAAUAGGCCACUUGCUCAGUGCAUAAUUUAGAUACGUGAUUUCGGUUUCAAAUACGAACCAAUUUUUCAUGAUCACAUUGAAUUUCAAAUAUGUCUUUAUAAGGCUUGUUGUUUUUAUUUUGUGGACUAUUUCCCGUUGAAUGUUGUUGGAAGUGGUUUUGUGUUCGAUUAUAGAAAUUUGGUGCAACGACAGAUAAUAUGGGAAGUCUCAACAGAUUAACAGUCCGUGUAGCGACGUUGAUAGUUCUACACGCGGCGGGCGCCGGUCUGGCCGCGCCGAGCGUCCUGGUCACCCGCCCGGUGGCCAGGCUGGCGGAGUGGCUGCCGAUGGACAACCAAACCGUGUAUAGAUUGGACGCGGGAGAGACUAGGAAUUUGGAAUUAAACACGACGCAGCUAUCACUGUCAUCUGUUUUCAUCACAAUCAGCCCGUGUACCAGGGAUUUCCACUGGGCGUUAUAUCGAGGAGAAAUUGGACGUUCUGACGACCAUCUGGAUCUUAUACAAGAAAGCAGUGGUGGAGAUGUGAGCACUCUAUCAGCAAUAAUCACAAAUCAGGAUAGAUAUUUACUACAGUUAUUUUCUUCAAAAGGCGGCGCCGCAGCAGUCAGUGUAAGAGGCGAAGCACCGCGGCCCGUGCGAAUGCGCCUGCGCAUCCGCUCUCGACGGAGGCUCUCAGCGAAUUGGGAUCCUAGCCCUAUAGAUCCCCAGAUGACCACAUACUGCGUGGUUGCAUCACAUCGGAAGAACUACACAUCCCUAUGCGCUGCUCAAGCAGAUACGAAUAUAUGUACAAAUAGACAAAACUUAGAUGAUUCUUCUAAUGAGAAGCGACAAAGAAAUAGAAAUAAUCAAGCUCGAUCAGAUGAUGAAAACACAGUUGAUAUGGAUGUGGAUAGAUAUAGCAUAUUUGACGGGAAUUAUAGGAAUGUCUUCAGGAGGAAGAAGUUUGGUCGUAGUACAAGAGUAUCCAAUGAAGAUCCAGUCAUCGCCUGCGUUGGUGACAGAACUCAUCAUUUGAUUGAAAAUCUUGAUCCUAGUACAACAUAUUUUGUCAGUGUCUUCGGAGUUGCAAGGGACAGGCGAGCGGGAUCUCUCCUAGCAACCGGUAGUGUCCGCCCUCGGACCUCCACGGCUAAGAGGCUAAGGGAAAAUGUCCCUCUGAAGUCUGAUGUUAAGGGAAAAAGCGUUUAUUAUUUCAAGGCUGCUGUCGGAACGGGAGGUGGUGUGUGGUUAGCUUUAACUACAUGCGGAGGUUCCGUUGAUGUAGAAGUCGGUGUGAAAGGAAAACGUCUUUAUUCGGUAAAGGAUAUUGAGCCCUAUUCAAAAUUCUUCAUACCAGCGCCCAUACCAAGCUCGUCUAUACAAGAAACCAGUGACGAAGGCUCCGUUCAAUUCGACUCAAGUUCUGAAGAAGCAAAGGUCCGAUAUGUUAUACGGGUGACGCCAAACAGAUGGUAUAGGGAUACAGCUGUUAAUGUUGAAUUAACAGCGUCAACAACAAGAUGGGGCCUCAGUACCCCCGAGCUGCUGGAAGAUGGCGCCACAGUCAGAGAGCUGCGCCCGCGACGCUCCUGCAAAUCUGUUGACAUAGCCUUCUUGCCAGCUAAUCAUAAUGCUACUGAUGUUAUAAGAUACUGCAUAAUAACGAGAGAAACAUCAUCCAUUGAUGGUUACACUUGCAUGCUCAACAAAAAAUCUGGGGCAAAGGUUCAAUGUAUAAGUCACAUGCAACGCCCACCAACGAGGGUAAUCGUACAAAAGGUCGCUGGUUUGAAAGCCGGCCGCAAAUACGCCAUUCAAGUCACAGCCGCCAACAAGGGCAGUCCUGUUCCAUACAAAGUCUUAUAUGCAGAUACAAAUGCGUCGUGCAAAGAUUAAUGUGUAUUACAAUAAACGUAUAGUGAAUCAGUAUUAGUUAUUUAGUGUAGCUUUGAUUGUAUACCGAGACUGCUUUAAUUUUUUGUUACGUUUUGUGCCAUGGAAAAAUCUAAUGAAGUACAGAAUUUUUAUAAAAGAUAAAUAAAUAGAACUGAAAGAAAACUUUUUGUGCUACUUAUGUAACGUAAAUUUAGAUAGUUUUAAAUAUUUAUAAGAUAUAAGAGGCAUUUUUUGUUAUUUAUUUUAUCUAUGUACUUAAAACUUAAUACUAACAUCGCCAUUUUAUAUCCCGCCUAAGCCUUAUCCUAUAGUUUUAAGAAAAAAAUUAAGUUAUAGACGAUAAAUAAUUAUAAUAUGGCAUUUAAAAUAGUUGAACAAACUGUAAGUUCCUACUAUUUUUACGUGAGAGUGUAAUGUUUAGCUAAUAAAAAGUAUAAAAUAAAAUUCAUUUUUAUG